AUGAUACUUGAACAGAAAGCAGUAUUUUGAUGGCAGGCUGCAGUAGCGCGGCUCCUCCUGCAGGUGUCAGUACGCGGCAUGACGUCAUCAUCGCGCUGCUGCAGUCCGACACCACCGAAGAAGAAAGCGCGGCUCCGCUCUCUGCUGUUUGAACUGAAACUGAUGGAAACGCGGUUGUCGCUCAAACAGCCGUAAAUCUGAACGAACUGUCCGGAGAGACGGUGCAUCCAGGUGGACGUGCCGAAGCAGAAUGGCUGCUCCGACCCUACAGCAGCCCAGCUUCCUCCUGGCCAACCUCAAAGCGGAUUCGACCACCAAACCUCUGCUACAGCGAUGCCAAGACCUGGUGAAGAUCAUCGACGAAUAUCCGGCGAAGGAGCUGCACCUGAUCUUCCCCUGGCUGGUGGAGAGCGUGUUCGGCAGCCUGGACGGCAUCAUCGCCGGCUGGAACCUGCGACUCCUUCACUCACGGAGCAACGAGUACAACAUCGCCAUGGAGUUCCUGAACCCCAGCGGCCCAAUGAUGAAACUCGUGUAUAAGCUUCAGGCAGAGGAGUACAAAUAUGAGAUCCCCGUCAACUACCUGCCGGGUCCGGUGAAGGCCUGCAUCCAGGAGGGAGUUCUGCCCGACUGCCCUCUGUUCCACAAAAAGCUGCAGUUUCCUCUGUCCGGCCUGCUGACCCUGAACAUCGCCCUCAAUCCGUUUGAGUUCUUCAUGUUCAACUUCGCCUGCUGUCUCAUCACGCCAAAGAGCUACCCUCCAGGCCAGCAUGGCAGCUCCACCGACAGCGCCUACUUCGUCCUGGUGGACACCUACCUGAAGUAUUUCCUCCCCAGCGAGGGCAGCGUUCCUCCGUCUCCGUUCUCCGACUCCAGAGGCUCCGUCACCGCUCCUUCGCCCAGGUCCUCCAGCGGCUCCUUCGCCGGCUAUGGUGUCCACAGCCCCAGCCUCCUGAAGCACCACAUCUUCCACCAGCCGUCGGUGAACGCCGACCCAGCGGCUCAGGAGAUCUGGAGGUCCGAGACGCUGCUGCAGAUGUUCGUGGAGGUCUGGCUCCAUCACUACUCCCUGGAGAUGUACCAGAAGCUGCAGUCUCCUCAGGUAAAGCUGGCGCUGCUGCAGUACCGCCUCAGUAUGUCCAGCAUGCCGUACCAACCCUACGCCCCACCAGGCUCUGGGACCCUCCACACCUACCAAGAGCCCUUCAGCCCGACGGAGGAGCACGUGCUGGUGGUCCGGCUCCUGGUCAAACAUCUGCACGCCUUCUCCAACAGCCUGAAGCCGGAGCAGCUGUCGUCCUCGCCGUCGGCCCACUCCCACACCCACACCAGCCCUCUGGAGGAGUUCAAGAGAGUGGUGGUGCAGCGCUUUGUGCAGCAGAAGCUCUACCUGUUCCUCCAGCACUGCUUCGGCCACUGGCCUCUGGACGCCUCCUUCAGAGCGGUGUUGGAGACGUGGCUGAGCUACAUCCAGCCGUGGAGGUACACCGGAGAGAAGACCAACGCCCAGCCCGAACAGAGCAGAACGGAAAACAGAACCGUACCUGACAAGUGGGAGUCCUUCGUCCAGGAGAACCUGCUCAUGUACACAAAGCUGUUCCAGGUGUUUCUAAACCGAGCCGUACGGACCGAUCUGGUCAACGCCAAAAACGCCCUGAUGGUGUUCAGGGUGGCCAAAGUCUUCGCUCAGCCAAACCUGGCAGAAAUGAUCCAGAAAGGAGAGCAGCUGUUUCUGGAGCCCGAACACGUCCUCCACCACCGGCAGCCCCGCGGCUACCUGACGCCGGGCCAGGGAGGCAGCUACCUGUCGUCACGGCAGCGAGUGGUGACGGACAUGGUGUUCAGGGUGAAGAGUCACGUCUACUCGCUGGAGGGCCAGGACUGUCAGUACAAGCAGAUGUUUGGCACCGAGCUCAGAGGAGCAAUCAUGAAGUUGAUCCAGAUCAUCGCACAAGCCAGACAGACGGCCAAGAGGAUAUCGGACCACUCCAGCGAGGUGGCGGCCAACAACUCCUUCCUGUCCUGGUUCGGACUCGGCUCCUCUGAGCUCAACAACACGUUUCCAGGCGCCGAGCCGGAGGAGAGCGGAGAGUGUCUGAAGAAGACCCACGAGUUCCUGGACAGAGCUCUGGAGAACCUGUGUCAAAUCUUCAAGCUGAACCAGGGCCAGCUGACUCAGCUCAUAUCCAACCUGGGCUCCUCUCAGGACGACGGAAACUGCAAACAGCUGCCUGACUGCAUCCAGAGCGAGAACGGACUCAUCCUGACCGACCUGGGCCGGAGACAGAUCAUAAACGGGCUGCGCAGGUUUGACGUCCAGUACCAAGGAGACCCGGAGCUGCAGCCCAUCAGGAGCUACGAGAACGCCCUGCUGGUCAGGCUGUUCUACCAGAUCUCCUCUCUGCUCAACGACAGGUUCGGAGGUCACAUGGAGGCCCUCUGCUCGCGUCCGGACUUCCUGGGUCGCCUCGGCCGCCACUACCUGACGGAUCCCGAGUCCAACUCCAGACUGAAGCAGAGCCCGAUGUCGCGGCAGACGGUGGAGAAGAGCCGGCGGCCGAGGCUGAGUCUCCGGCCGCUGGCCAGCUACCGGACCCUGCUGCUGCUGCUGCUGCUCUACGCGCUGGGGGCGCUGCUGUGCUUCGGCCCCGCCUCCAGCACGGCGCUCAUCCUCGCCGGCGGCUUCCUGUACGGACUGCUGAUGACGCUGUUCGGGGACAAACUGAAGACCCACUAGUCGACCCGUCUGGGAGAAACCCUCCCUGCAGCGGAGGAUCGAUAACAAAGGAAUCGAUUAUUUUUAUAACUGAUGAAUCUGCCGUUUCUAUUCUCAGUUGGUUUGUUUCUAAAGUCCCUCCGUCAGGUCUCAGCCCAAAGUGAUGCCGUGACAGGUUCUGUCACACUAAAGACAUGCAGCUCAGUUUAACGUGUGGAGAUUCAAGAGGAAACUGAUUGAUUAACCUCCAAGUGUUGCAGCUCUACAUCUGAGUAACCUAGAACUAAUGCUGUUCUUGUCUUUACGUCUGCGGUUCCGUGGCCCGUUUCAGAGCAUCCAGGAAAACACUGGAGUGGAACCGGACGGGCAGCUCUUCUGUGCUGGCUUUUGAUACGACUGGUGUAAAUGUGCUUCGUGUAAAUACAUCCUGAGCAGCUGCAGACGGCUGAAACGUUUGGAGUGAUGGACUAAAGUAUUUUUCUUGGUGGCAGCAGGAUGCAUUUUGUCCAAAAGACUCAAUAAACUGUUUGCACUCGUU